AAGGAUAGAACUUUUCACCCAGACUGUGACAUUACCACACAUGUUUGUUGCUGUGCUCCAGUCUCAGCAGGAUGAACUGAAAUUCCACAUGGGACCAGAAAAUGAAACUGCGGUUACUGAGUUCACCCUAAAGGGUUUCUCGGGGCUUGGUCGACGACUACAGCUAUUUCUCUCUCUGGCCCUUCUGCUCAGCUACCUGACAACAGCGAUGGGGAACGCAACCAUCAUUUUCCUCGUGUGUGUGGAUCACCGCCUGCAAACCCCCAUGUACUUUUUCAUCAGCAAUCUGUCCUUCCUGGAAAUCUGGUUUACAUCCUCCACAAGCAUCAAAUUGUUUCUGAUCCUGGGUUCUGGUAGGAGAACCAUCUCUCUAAGCAGCUGCUUUGCCCAAUCCUAUUUCUAUUUUGCCCUGGGCUGUACAGAAUUUGUUCUACUUGUUGUUAUGUCCUUUGACCGCUAUGUUGCUAUCUGCCAGCCUUUGCAUUAUGCUGCCAUCAUGAAGCCUCAGCUCUGCAUCCAGCUGGUUGUUGCUGCUUGGGUCAUAGGCAUCACGCUCCUGAGUUACCGUCUGGUCCUUCUCUACCAGCUGACUUUCUGUGGCUCAAACAAGAUCCACCACUUCUUUUGUGACAGUUCUCCCUUAUUCAGACUGUCCUGCUCUGACACCAGCCAGCUUUGGAAAAUAGACUCUGGUUUAGUAUCAUUUGUCAUACUGACUUCCUUAUGCUUAACUCUGGCAUUUUACAUGGGCAUUCUCCUCUGUAUUCUACACCUUCCAGCAUCAUUGGGGAGGAAAAAAGCUUUUACUACGUGUUCUUCCCAUCUCACCUCCUUGGCUAUUGCAUAUGGGAGCUGCAUUGCUCUCUACGUGCAUCAUUUGGAAGAUGUUUCCUUGGAGACAAACAGAACUGUAGCUUUGCUGAACACUGUCCUGUACCCAUUCUUAAAUCCCUUCAUCUACAGUCUGAGAAACAAGACUGUGAUAGCAGCCCUGAGUGAAGCCAUUGGCCGUGCAACACUGCAGAUUUUCCCCUAA